CAGGAAGAGGCACGAGCACAUGACUUGACAGCAAUUAUGAGCCGGGAGCGGUUAAAGUUCCGUGGGUGGUUUUAAUAAAUAAAAACAGGUUCCAAGUGAUGCGUAUGUAGGUCACAUGCUGAGCUGCUUGUCUCGGUCGUGGACUCGGUGAGACUUAAGCCGCUGUGUGACUGCGACACUAAGAUGAGUGAGGGACUUUUCCUGCUUGUGUGUUUCUUUGCUUUCCCUGUGGUUGUUGUUGCUCAGCAGCCAAACAUAGUCUUAAUCCUCGCCGACGAUUACGGCUGGAACGAUGUGGGAUACCACGGAUCAGAAAUCAACACUCCUAACCUGGACAAAAUAUCAGCCAGUGGGGUCCGUCUGGAGAACUACUACGUCCAGCCCAUCUGCACCCCCUCCCGCAACCAGCUCAUGACCGGGAGGUACCAGAUUCACACAGGUAUGCAACACGCGAUUAUCUGGCCCUGUCAGCCCUACUGUGUACCUCUGGAUGAGAAGUUGCUGCCCCAGUAUCUGAAGGAGUCCGGCUACGCUACACACAUGGUGGGCAAGUGGCACCUGGGCAUGUACAAGAAGGACUGUCUGCCCACCCGCCGGGGCUUUGAUACAUACUUUGGCUACCUGACAGGCGGCGAGGACUACUACAGUCAUAUACGCUGUGCUUCCGACUCUGCUUUAAAUAAGAGUUUCUGUGCCUUGGACCUGAGGGAUGGAGAAGAGGUCGCUACUACAUACAAAGGACAAUAUUCAACGGAGCUGUUCAGCGAAAAGGCCACCAGUGUCAUCGAAAACCACAACUCCAACAAGCCACUCUUCCUCUACGUGGCCCUGCAGGCCGUCCAUUCUCCCAUGCAGGUGCCAGAGCGAUACAUGAAACCUUACCAGUUCAUCGAAAACCAUGAUCGCAGGAUCUACGCUGGCAUGGUGUCAGCUAUGGACCAAGCUGUGGGCAACAUCACAGAGGCUUUGCAUCGGGCUGGACUCUGGGACAACACGGUGCUUGUGUUCUCGACAGAUAACGGAGGUCAGACAAUGACUGGUGGCAGCAACUGGCCACUGCGAGGCCGGAAAUGGUCACUGUGGGAAGGCGGGGUCCGUGGAGUUGGAUUUGUCGCCAGCCCGCUACUCAAACAACCUGGAAGUGUCAGCGACAAACUCAUCCACAUCUCUGAUUGGCUGCCUACAUUUGUUGGCCUGGCAGGAGGGAGCAUCAACACCACAAAGCCCCUGGAUGGAUUCGACAUGUGGAAAUCGAUCAGCUAUGGGCUUCCCUCACCCAGACAGGAGCUGUUGCACAACAUCGACCCUAUGUUUCAAGACGAAACUCCAUGUCAAGACGAGGAGUAUCGGUUAGCUUUAUCUGAGGUGGCCAGCAGAGAACCCUGGACACAGUAUAGCUUCAAUGUGUCCAUUCACGCUGCUAUUCGAGUCUCUAACUGGAAGCUGCUGACUGGCAACCCAGGGUGUGACAAGUGGUUCCCUCGGCCCCCCCACAACACAAGCCUGUCGCAGAGUGACCGACUGAAGCCUGUAAUGCUCUUUGACGUAGAGAGAGAUCCUCAGGAGAGAUACGACUUAUCAGAUCGGUUCGCUGGUGUGGUGGAUUAUCUCCUCAAAAGACUCAGCCAAUACCAGAAGAGUGCCUUGCCCAUUAACUACCCCAAAUCUGACCCCAGGUGUGACCCGACUUCCAGGGGAGCCUGGGGACCCUGGGCUUAGAUGGAGAAGGCAGUGAUGAGCAGCCAUACGGGAUGGGUUUAUUGAAAAAUGUUAUACAUUUAUUCAGGGACAGAUUUCGUCUAGGUCCUUCUUUUUCAAUCCUUUAAAGCGCUCAUCGGUUCAAAUGAAGUGUUUACGACACGUGUUACUGAUUUGUAACUUUCUCACUGUGGUUUCAGGUAUUUGCACUUUUUUUUUUUUUUUAGCUUUUUGACGCUGCUGUCGGCAGGAAAGGGAAAAAAAACUAUUUUUUAUGUCCGUACAUCGUUUAAAUACCAAUCUCAGAACCCAUCAGCUUCAGUAUUAUCUGGCAACCAAUUAAUAAAAAAAAAUGUAACUGAUGGAUUUUAUUAUAUUUUUAGUUUGUUAUGGAAAUGUUGAUCAAAAAUUGUAUUUCUCUGUUUUCAGAUUUCUUUUAUUUUCAUAAAAUCCGUUCAAGGGUCAGGCCAGCUGUGUGUUUUUUUAUCUAUCUGUCAUUGUCGACUGAACUGUAAAUAAAUGUGAAUGUGAGGGAUUU